AUGGGAUCCGUAGGACACACCGCCACCGGCACCCGCACCCGCCGCCGCCGCCGCGUGCUGUUCUUCUCGCUUCCAUACCAGGGCCACAUCAACCCCAUGUUCCAGCUCGCCGGCCUGCUCCACGCGCGUGGGUUCGCCAUCACCGUCUUCCACACCCACUUCAACGCGCCAGAUGCGUCCCAGCACCCCGCCUACGACUUCGUCCCCGUCCAGGACGACGGGAUGCCAGCGGACAGCCCGGACACGGUGCAGGUAACCGUGGAGCACAUGUUCGCCUUGAACCGCGCGUGCGAGGCGCCGUUCAGGGAGCGUCUGGCCGCGCUGCUGGAACAGCAGCAGCAGCACGCGCGGGAGGAGGACGUCGCGUGCCUGGUCGCCGACGCGCACCUGCUGACGCUCAUGGACGUGGCGCGUGGUCUGGGCGUGCCCACGCUCGCACUUCGCACCGGCAGCGCCGCGUGCUUCCGCUGGUUCAUGGCGUUCCCCAUGCUCUGCGACAAGGGCUACCUGUCCGCUCAAGGUGUCCAAUCUCCAGUGGCAGAGUCGCAGCUGGACAUGCCGGUGAUGGAGCUGCCGCCGUACCGCGUCCGGGACCUGCCGUCGGCCGCCAGCGGGGCCACCCACGGUCUAAUGCGGGAGGUGAUUUCCCGAGCGGUGAGCGCGGUGAAGACCUCGUCGGGACUCAUCAUCAACACGUUCGACGCGCUGGAGGCCGACGAGCUCGCGUCGCUCCGGAGCGACCUCGCCGUCCCGGUGUUCGACAUCGGCCCGCUCCACGUGCACUCGCCGGCAGCCUCGAGCAGCCUGCUGCAGCAGGACCGAGGGUGCCUGGACUGGCUGGACGCACAGGGCCCUGCGUCCGUGCUUUACGUCAGCUUCGGCAGCCUCGCCAGCAUGUCCGCCUCGGACCUCGCGGAGACGGCCUGGGGCAUCGCCAACAGCGGCCGCCCGUUCCUCUUGGUGCUCCGGCCGGGCAUCGUCCGCGGAGCGCCGCCAACGCAGCAGCCGCCGCAGCUGCCGGACAGCUUCGACGCGGAGACGCGCGGGCGGGGCAUGGUGGUGAGCUGGGCGCCGCAGGAGGAGGUCCUGGCGCACCCUGCCGUGGGCGCGUUCUGGACGCACUGCGGCUGGAACUCAACGCUGGAGGGCGUGUGCGCGGGCGUGCCGAUGCUGUGCCACCCGUGCUUCGGCGACCAGAUGGGGAACGCGAGGUACGUGGAUCACGUGUGGCGGACCGGACUCUCGCUCGACGGCGAGCUCGAGAGGGGCAAGGUGGAGGCGGCUAUCUCGACGAUGAUGGGGUCAGGCGAGAGCGAGACCGGCACCGAGCUGCGGGGGAGGGCACGGGAGCUCAGUAGAAGAGCGGCGGAGAGCGUGGCCAAGGCCGGAUCGUCCGACCUCAACGUCGACAAGCUGGUGAACCACAUCCUGUCCCUCUAG